AUUAUAUUCAUUUUAAUGUCAAUGGCCGGGGAAGAGGUGCACCCUCUGACUCUGACCCCAUUGCCAUUUUUCCCAGAAUAGUCUAGAUCGCGAUCGGAGACGCUUGAUUUUGCGAAGAAGUGGAAUUUCUAUAAUUCGAAUAGAUAGGUUCCUGAUAUUCCUUUCUGUGAAUUGUUGGGGAGGGUUUGUGAAUUCAUAGGAAAAUGGGGGUUAUGUCCAGGCGGGUUGUACCCGUCUGUGGUAACCUCUGUGUGUGUUGUCCUUCUCUGCGUGCAAGAUCACGACAACCGGUGAAACGUUACAAGAAGUUGAUUGCUGAUAUCUUCCCACGUAAUCAGGUUGCUGAACCUAAUGAUAGGAAAAUUUCAAAGCUAUGUGAGUAUGCUUCUAAGAAUCCAUUGAGAAUUCCCAAGAUUACUGAUAACUUGGAACAACGAUGUUACAAGGAUUUGCGUAAUGAAAGCUUUGGUUCAGUGAAAGUUGUCUUGUGCAUAUACAAGAAAUUGUUAUCCUCAUGUAAGGAGCAGAUGCCACUUUUUGCCAAUAGUUUAUUAGGGAUCAUUCGGAUUCUUCUAGAGCAAACUCGAGCAGAUGAAAUGCGGAUCUUAGGUUGCAAUACUCUUGUAGAAUUUAUAGAUUGCCAGACAGAUGGUACGUACAUGUUCAACUUGGAGGGUUUUAUCCCGAAACUUUGUCAAUUGGCUCAAGAAGUGGGAGAUGAUGAACGAGCUCUGCUUCUUCGUUCUGCUGGACUACAAGUUCUAUCCUAUAUGGUGAAGUUCAUGGGGGAGCACUCACAUCUUUCGAUGGAUUUUGACAAAAUUAUAUCAGCGAUUUUGGAGAAUUACAUGUAUCUCCAAUCUAAAUCCGACCUUGCCAAGGUAGAGAAACUGAAUUCACUAUCUCGGAAUCAAUUGGUUCAAGGAUUUCCUAAAGAAGAAGACCGUAUACAUUCUGUACCAGAAAUCACUAAGAAGGAACCUUCCUUGCUGAAUAUUGUGACAGGAACUGAGAGAGAUUCCAAGUUGGAUACUGCUAAAGAUCCUGCUUAUUGGUCAAAGGUUUGCUUGUAUAAUAUAGCCAAAUUGGCGAAGGAAGCUACGACUGUGCGACGUGUCCUCGAACCACUUUUUCAUAAUUUUGAUGCUGAAAACCACUGGUCUUCCGAAAAGGGAGUUGCUUCUUGUGUUUUGAUGUACAUGCAGUCCCUUUUAGCAGAAUCAGGAGAUAACUCCCAUCUUCUGUUGUCCAUUUUGGUCAAACACUUGGAUCACAAGAACGUCGCCAAGAAGCAUAUCCUGCAGAUUGAUAUUAUUAACACAGCCACACAGCUCACAAAAAAUGUGAAGCAGCAGGCUUCAGUUGCAAUCAUUGGUGCAAUAUCUGACCUCAUUAAACAUUUAAGGAAGUGCUUGCAAAAUUCAGCUGAAGCAUCCAGCAUUGGAGGUGAUGAAUAUAAGUUGAAUACUGAACUUCAGUCUGCCUUAGAAAUGUGUAUAUUACAACUGUCAAACAAGGUUGGGGAUGUAGGACCCAUUCUUGAUUUGAUGGCUGUGGUGCUAGAGAAUAUAUCGACUACUACCAUCAUAGCAAGAUCAACAAUCUCUGCUGUCUAUCAAACGGCAAAAUUGAUCACUUCCGUCCCUAAUGUGUCAUAUCACAAGAAGGCUUUCCCUGAUGCCCUGUUUCAUCAAUUGCUCCUGGUCAUGGCUCAUCCAGACCAUGAAACACAAAUUGGAGCGCAUAGUGUCUUCUCUAUGGUGCUUAUGCCGUCCAUGUUUUCUUCUUCGUUAGACCAGAAAACAAAGAUUGCUCAGAAGGUCCAGAGUGACAGCUUCUCCAUUCAGCAUGAAAGCUUUUCUGGAGUAGAACACUUGAAUGGGAAACUGGUAGAAGGAAAGGCAAUAGCAGGUGUCAACGAGAAGAAAUAUGCAGUUCAUCCAUAUCAUGGUUAUAGCUUUACUAGUGCACUAACCAAUGGAAAAGAUGAUAUAAGUUCUCUUAGGUUGAGCAGUCACCAAGUGAGUCUCUUGCUUUCUUCAAUCUGGGUUCAGGCAACAUCUGUGGAAAAUGGCCCUGCAAAUUAUGAGGCGAUGGCGCACACUUAUAGCAUUGCUUUAUUAUUUACUCGUUCUAAGACAUCCAGUUACACGGCUUUAGUAAGAUGCUUCCAACUGGCAUUCUCCCUCAGGAGCAUCUCUUUGGACCAAGAAGGAGGCUUACUACCAUCUCGCAGGAGGUCCCUUUUUACCUUGGCUUCAUACAUGCUUAUAUUCUCUGCCAGGGCAGGCAAUUUUCCCGAUCUAAUUCCAAAACUUAAAGCAUCCUUGACACAGGCAACAGUAGAUCCUUUUCUUGAAUUGGUAGAUGAUGUUCGGCUGCAGGCUGUUUGUAUAGAAUCACAGAAGAUAAUUUUUGGAUCUCCGGAAGAUGAAGUUGCUGCUAUGAAGUCACUUUCAGCUAUAGAAUUGGAUGACAAGCAGUUGAAAGAGACUGUAAUAUCGCACUUUAUGACUAAAUUUUCAAAGUUGUCCGAGGAUGAGUUGUACAGCAUAAACAAACAACUUCUACAGGGGUUUUCUCCUGAUGAUGCAUAUCCAUCAGGACCUCCAUUGUUUAUGGAGACACCAAGGCCAUGGUCUCCACUUGCUCAGAUUGAGUUCCCAGAUUUCAAUGAGAUAUUGGCUGAAGAUGAUUUGAUGGAUGAAGAGACUGGGCCUGAACCAAGUGGAAGUCAGUCAGAUCGCAAAACAUCAUCCUCAACCAAUAACCCUGAAGUUCUUAGUGUUAAUCAACUCUUGGAAUCGGUUUUGGAAACUGCACGGCAAGUUGCAAGUUUCUCCACUUCUUCAACUCCUUUACCUUAUGACCAAAUGAAGAACCAGUGCGAGGCACUUGUAACGGGGAAACAACAGAAGAUGUCAGUUAUUCACAGUUUCAAGCACCAACAGGAGACUAAGGCCAUAAUACUUUCAAGUGAAAACGAAGUUAAAGUUUCCCCUUUUCCUGCUAAGGCACUAGAAUAUUCAAAAGGUGAUCUGAAGUUAGUGAUUCAGGAACAAUUUCAAGCGCAGGAUCAAGUCCACUUCCGUUCACAUGACACUGGAAAGCAACAUUCUUUGAGACUACCACCUUCGAGCCCCUACGAUAAAUUCUUGAAGGCUGCGGGAUGCUAAUGAAACUAGAUUGCAACAAAUGCAACUUUUUUUUUUUUUUUUUUUUUGCAUUGAUGGUAUACUAAAUGUUUCUUUAUGGUUUCUACCAUUCAUGCCCAAAAUGCGGGAAAUGUUGUAUUUUUUAUUUUGGUUUAGGGGGGAGGAAGUUUCCAGCAAAUAUAUGAUUGUCUAUAAAUAUUCGUAAUAUGUCGAUAAUUAAACGGUUCUUUUUUUUUAGUGAA